AUUUGCCUAUGGUAUCUGAUGUCCAAAGUUUGAUAAUUGUGUUUGGACAUUUCGUUUUUCUUAGGCAGAAAGUGAUUUCAGGCUUUGCGACACUGUUAGCUUAUCACAUAAGCUACCUGUUACUUUUAAUACCUGGUUACAUCUAUAUAUCAAUCUUUGGUUUGGUUUGGGUUUUAACAUCAUUGCUCCUUUUGUUUUUCGUAUCAUCUUGUGUUUUUAUGUGGUCUUGUGCAGGAUUUGUUGGCUUGUUCUCUUGGUGUAGGAUUGGCUUCUAAUGCGGAUGAUAUGCUUACUACGAGCAACUUCAAUCGGUCUCAAGAAUCAAAAUUGUCUGUUGUUUAAUGUUGUAUUUGAUGGACGAAUCUAGUCUUCUAAGACUAUGUAAUGUAAUCUCUUAACCCAAUAAAGAAAAUUAUCAACUUAGC